AUGCCAAGCAUCGUCGUGAUCAACGGGGCAGACGCUAUCACUCCGAGAACGCAAGAAGGAGCCGGAGCCUAUACGGAUCUCGCGGGCUCCGAUGUUUCCGCCCCGCAUCCGAUAGUAGCUGGUGUCUGGGACCUGGUCGAUCUAGACGAGCCGACUCCGAUCUUUGAAGCGGAAUGGGAUGAGAUGAAAUACAUGAUAGCCGGGGAAUUAACGCUGAGGAACGGAGAAACAGGAGAGAUCAGCGAGCUCAGGGCAGGCAGCAUGCUGUGGAUUCCCACCGGCUCGAAGAUGUCGAUUAUCAAGUCGAAGGGGGUGCGAGUUGUGUAUGUGGAACAGCAGUAUAGGAAGGGGAUGUUUACCUCUUCCACUUGAUGAGUG